ACGAAAUGGCUGCCGGGAUGAGGACCAAGGCAGCUGUCAGCCGUCAGACCUGACUGCGGGGUGAAUGUUCACCGACUGAGCAGCUCCGAGGUUGUUCCACACGACGCUCCGUCACUGCUGUUGUGAAUCUGGGUUUGAGUUGAGUCGGUGAGUCAGUGGGCGCUGGCUUCCUGUCCUGCCUCCCUGGAUGCAGCAGCAGCAGCAGCAGCAGCAGAUGCUCUCCAUGCGUCGGGCUCCUGGUCCCUGAGGCGGCCUUGUCCUGUCAUCGCCUACAGCAGAGCAGGAUGGCAGAUGCCGGCAACCAGUCCUGUCUGAUGGCAGCAGAGAACACGGUCUCCCUCUUGGUCUGCUUGUUUCAUGAGUUGGAGGAAUGGGCGGGCCUUGGUCAGGUGGAGGACUACCUGAGCGUUCUGGAGUACCUGUUGUGGGUCUUCACCCCGCUAGCCAUUGUUUUCAUCGUGCCCUUCCUCAUCGUGAUCCUCCUUUACCUCUCUAUUCUCUUCCUUCAUGUUUAUAAGAGGAAGAAUCAGCUGAGGGAAGCUUACUGCAACAACCUGUGGGAUGGAGCCAGGAAGACCCUGGCUACUCUGUGGGAUGGACAUGGAGCAAUAUGGCAUGGCUAUGAGAUACAUGGGAUGGAGAAGAUCCCUGACAAAGGACCAGCUCUGAUCGUGUACUAUCAUGGAGCCAUCCCAGUGGACUACUACUACUUCCUGGCCAACGUUAUCAUCCAGAAGGGACGGACCUGCCACUCUGUGGCUGACCACUUCCUCUUCAAGAUCCCAGGCUUCAAAUUGCUGCUGGAGGUGUUCAGUGUGAUCCAUGGUCCUCAGGAGGAGUGUGUGCGGGCUCUGAGGAACGGCCACCUGUUGGGGAUUUCUCCAGGUGGAGUGCGGGAAGCUCUGUUCAGUGAUGAGACCUACCCUCUUCUUUGGGGUAAACGCAAAGGCUUUGCUCAGGUCGCCAUUGACUCUCAAGUGCCAGUAAUUCCAAUGUUUACUCAGAAUGUGCGGGAAGGCUUCAGGUCUCUGGGAACACUCAGAUUUUUUCGCUGGGUGUAUGAGAGGUUUCGUCUUCCCAUAGCUCCUGUUUAUGGUGGAUUUCCUGUCAAAUUUCGAACCUUUCUUGGUGAUCCCAUCCCAUAUGAUCCCAAUGUAAAUGCUGCAGAGCUGGCAGAAAAAGUGCAGCAGGCGAUCCAGUCUCUGAUUAACAAGCACCAGAAGAUCCCAGGGAGUAUCCUGAGAGCGUUGCUGGAGAGAUUCCACACCAGACACAAAGAUCAUCUGCAGUAGCAGCGUAACAACAGAGAGGCGUUGUCCACUGGGCUCAGAAGGGCGUCGUACGCAAAGGUUUGGUCGUCGAACAAAUGGAAAUAUUUGCACAGUUUUCUUCACUGCCCCCCAGACAGCUGACUGCAGCUGACAUUCAUUUUUUUGUAUUUCAUACUUCUAAUGAGUACUUUGUGGGCUUUACAGUAGUCAUGCCUCAAACAGAAUGGAAGGCAACAACUUUACCUCCUCAUGACAGCAGAUGUAACUGGUCACUGAAAUAGAAAACAUUCGUUCUAAAUUCUGAUUAUAGGUGCAUUCACAUCAGCGAGAGAUUCAUAACGUUAGUCAUUCACUUUGUUGUCAUGUUCAUGUCGAUGAAGAGCAGUGACUGCACAGACAGCUGCUGGUCAUGUAACAGCACUCUGAUGUUCACCAGUUUGACCCAACAGAGAGCCAGCAGCUGUCUCAGUGGGCUGAGCAGAACGGGCUGAAGCUCGUGGUUCUGGUUGACCACCGACAAAAACAACCUGUGGUUCCCUUUGACAGGUGGAACUGUUAGAACCAACAGAAGAGUCGCCAAACGGAGCACUUGGUCUGUUUCCUCCAUAUUGAGCAGUUCCACAGCUUCCAACCAGCCACUUUAACAGAACAGUCCAGGAACUGAAUCCCUGAAUAAAGCAUGAAGUGGUGACGUGUGAAGUGCUUCUGCUUUGUCACGCCUUCAGUUUCAGGACGGAGCUGUGUCUAUGAUUUCUGUCUGUGUUACGUAGAUAUCGCAUGCAUCGUUACUGACCGAGUCACGGAAGUGUUGAUUCAUUUCCAGCCGUUUUGUGAAGCUGUAGUUUAUUCUGUAUUGUCUGAUGAGGUGUGGCAUUUCUGUUUUCUCUGAUUGCACAAACACAUCGGUUAAUAUCUCCCAUAUGACUAAGUUUAAAAAUGAACCAAAUGUGAUGAACUGAUUUUUACUGACAUGGGACGUGUUGGAGGGUUUUUCUUGUCCAGCGUCACCACAGGGCUUCGUGAUGACAUGUCCAGGUGACUAAAGCGAUACGUGGAUCAGCAUCAGCACACUGAUUCUUACUUCUCAUUAUGAUAUCUUUUAAUAUUUGUAUUUUGUGUCUUUGCUGUUGGGCUCAGAAGCGACAGAAAACAUCCCAUCAGCUGAUUAAAACUAAACGAAUCAGCAAUCGCAGUAACUGUACAGAUUUGUUUGAUAUAUUUAUGUGAGCGAGUGAGUCAUAUGAAGUUCGUCACCUGCUUACGAUGUGCGCCUCACUACUUUUUGACAUUUAUCAGAUUAAACAGUGAAGCAAACAACCAGCUGUCUUUUUUUUCCCACUUUGUCAAAAAGGAGACGAGUGGUUAGUUGUCAGCACUGAGCUUUGUUUACUGCACACCUGGACAUGGGAGCUGAAGCUGCAGGUGCCUUAAUGAGCAACAGAUAAACUGGAGCUUCGCCAUAUUUAAGAAAUUGGGGAUAUUUUUGCACACACACAGACACACACACACACACUUUAUACCGAUCCUUCAUGUACCUGUUUCAGGCUAUGAGACACAUGGGAUGGCGAAGAUCCCUGACAAAGGACCAGCUCUGAAGUACAAGAAAUAUCAGACAUUAAGCAAAAUGGUAGAAAACAAUAAAACAGAUGAGAAAUAUAAAUGUAAAUCUGUAAUUAUAGCUAAAAGCUGCUAAAACGUUUUGUAGUAAAUCUAGGGUAUAUAAAAUUCAACGGCUUCCAAACUGGCAGAAAGAAAAAAGUAAAAUAGUUUGAGUCAUUGGGGUUUUGGCAGGACAGCCUAGAGCCUGGAGCAGAUCUAAGGGCCUUGCUCAAGGACCCAACGGGGCAGCUUGGUGCUGACGGUGGCUUUAACUUUGGAUUAGUAACCCAGAACAUGUCGUCUUCUUAUUCUGCUUCUGAAAACAAAGAAAGAAAGAAAAACCUGUUUGUUUAAUCUUGAUGAUGUGUUGAUGGUUAGGGUUUGGGUUAGUCACCUCCAUAACAUCGCUGCACAGCAUGAUGGGAGGUUACAUCACUGAGGAGCCCUAACCCAGAAUAAUGGGCCAAAGACAGCUUUAGGAACUUACAUACUUACAUAUUUGAGGUGUAGGAGGCUUUAUGAGGACCAAAUCCUGCCAAAAUAGAUGCUCUGGGAAGCACUGUGUUAGUGACGAGUCCGCACUAAGACGGGCGUUCAUGUGUCUGAGGUCCAACAGGCUGGGAAUAAAACCCAACCCUUCACGGAUGUGUUCAGUGAGCGCUCAUAAAACUACGUCCCCCUCACAAAAUGCAAACAUUAUCGACAUGAUUUAUAUCAGUGCAAACACUGUCAGUGCAUGUGUGUAUUAAUAAUGGUGUUAUGUGCUCAUGUUUGUUUGAUCCUCUGAAGUGCUUCUCUGCUGUUAGCUCAUCAGUCAUCGUGUACAGCUGACAUGUUUCGGUUAAAGCUGUGUUACACUGAUUCUGUAUAUUUGCAUGUAUGAGUUUUGUGAACUCUCAAAGUGUCACUGCCAACUCAGAUGUUGAACCAAACCUUUGUAAAAACCAAACGUGUUUCUGAGUGAUGUCUAACUGGAUGCUGUACUCUGUGAACUGGUUGCCUUUUGCUUUGUCAUUAUUUAGAGAUGAUCUAACAUGAAUUAUGAACGGAUGUCAAUAUUAUAUGUUGCACUUUUAAACAUUGAGACCUACUUGAACCAGUUUUUAGAUGUAUUUUAUUAAAAUGUUUGUGCAUUCCU